UCUACCCGCCCACCCAAUGUCAAUUCUGCUGUUCGCUUGCUGUCAUCUUGCUGCUGCGCGGAUAUGGAUCAGAAUCUUCGCACGGCCGAGGGAGGGAAUUCGGCCACCACGCAGCCGCAGACGCCCAAGGCCAUACGCACCCUGCGCUUUCUCAACCCUGGUCCCAACAUCUCGGACUUCAACCCUGAGAACAGCAAGCGGGAACGGAGGAAGCUGCAGAGUAAAGUCAAAACUGCAGAGAGGCAAUGUCAGCAAGCGAAUCAGCACGUGUACGAUGAGGCGGGGCGACUCAUCUCCGUGGGGAUUGACCUAUGCGACUGCCUGGACGAGGACUGUCCAGGCUGCUUUUACAGCUGCUCCCAGUGCAGCUCCUCCAAGUGUGGCCUCCAGUGCCGCGUGCACCGCAAGUGGCUCUACGAUCGCAUCGAUGUGGAGGGGGGGAAUACCUUGCACAACUGUGCUGCCAACGGCUAGGCCACACGCCGGUCGCUGUGGUGCCACGCGUGUGUGUGUGGCAUGUUGUUUACCUUCCAAUUCACACUCGGUGAGAUCCCAUUAUCAAAAACAUUGACACGCUCCUGCGUAUAUGUCAGUGUAUCCUGUGGAAAUUUUUCCAAAAUAGAAUAUUUAUUUUAUUCUGGAGUUAUUGCACUUUAAGUCAUCUUAGUGAAAUUACAUUUUUUUAAGUCAAUGCAGUGUACUUAUGCAUGAUUUGCAGAAUAUAAAUGUGUAUUUGUAUUAUUGGGCUCAUCACAUACUAGCAGAGCCCGCGCAUCUGUGCGGGAUGUAGCUUCACCCCACUCUUGCCCAUGGCGUGAAGCGUGAUGACAUCAUAAAGUCAAUCAGCCCUAUAUUGUGAUGUCACCAUGCCGAAGCCAAGUGCGUUAAGGAACCAUGGCUUUAUGCAGAACAUUUUAAUAUAAUCAAUGGGCAACGACGACUCUACGAAUAAAAUUAAAGUCGAUCUUCCGAACAUUUUUUGGCUUCCCAUUGGUUUGUAUUGGACGUAAUUUUUUGGAAUUUCAGGGGCAAAAUGUGAAUUCGAAAAGGCAAAUAUUUCGCGGGUAUGUUUUCCCCAAGAAAAUGUUUAAUGUUCGGGUUGUUUUUGUACGACAUACCCUUUGCGACAAAAGAGCUAGAUGGACACUUGCACGUUUUUUAUAUAUAUAUAUUUGCUAAUCAAGUGGCUCUGUGUAUAAGAUAUUACAUAUAUUAACACCUGUCAUUCUGGUUUUAAUAAAUAUACAAAUAUUCUAAUUUUCUAUUUAAGUUUUCUAUUUUUACCAAUAACUUAUCAAUCAUGUUUAGUAUAUGGAUAAAUCCUCUCUCAACAUGUGGUUUGCAAUAUAUUUUUGGCCUUCCAUUUACAAAAAGUAUUGGAUUCUCCUGAAUAUUGUCACACCAACAGCGUUGCUAUACAAAUGGUUCUUGCCAGCAUAUAGAGAAAAUUUUAAGUAGUAAAUAAAAGAGAGAAACUAACACGGGCCAGCAGGCCACACAAUCAACCAUGUUCCAUUAGUGGUCCUACGGGCUAAUCCCAUUAAGACCAUUGCCCGUAUCUUGAGGAAGAGGGGUCCAUGCUGCUGUACAAGCGACGAGACAUCUUGACUGGUUUCCCGCAUGUGCCUUCAUUUAGGCAAUCCAAAAGUAUUGGUGAAAAUUAAACGCGUGUCGCCACGAAUAUACAACCUGGACGCUACGGAACCCAUAA